CCCCCUGAACGCCACAUUCCCUCCCUCCCUCACUCCCUCUCUCUCUCCCCACCGGCGCGUCCUAAUUGCCGGUAUAGAAGCACGAGGCUGCCCGGGAAGCAGUCGGUCAGAGCUCCAUGCUGGACUAUUUCUGAGCCCACUUCUUUAUUUCAGUCUCAUUCUGCCCUCCCCAGGACCUCCAGAGACCAAGUCGUCUUCAUCAUUUUCUCGAGGGACGUGACUUGAGGAGCGUGGAUAUUCCUCACAUCUCGCCUAUUUUGGACUUCCAGUUCCGUGGGAUUUGCACUUGACUGAGUUGACGCGGUGCCGGCAUGGAUUCCUUCACGGCGGCGGUGUUCGUGCUGUGCGCUCUCACGGCCACAGUGUGCGGGGACAAAGGCACCGGCAAAGCCAGGAGUUGUUCGGAUAUACGCCACUUCUACAGCGGGAAAAGCUUCUCCCUGGACGGCGUCCCUCAGUCCGAAAUAUCUGGGGAGCACCUACGCUUCUGUCCCCAAGGCUACACCUGCUGCACCAGCGUCAUGGAGGAAAACCUGGCCAUGCUGAGCCGAGUGGAGAUGGAGAAACUGCUCAAAGAGGCGGGGCGGACUUUACAGGUGUCCCUCAACGGGCAGUACAAGGUCUUCGACGGUUAUUUCCUGGAGUUGCUGAACAGCUCUGCCAUCGCACUACAGGAGACGUUCACCUCCACCUGGGGCUUGUUCUACCUUCAGAAUUCCCAAGUGUUCACCGACCUCUACACAGAUUUGAGGCUCUACUGUCGCGGCUCCAACAUCAACCUGGAAGAAGCGCUGAAUGAGUUCUGGGGCCGGCUUUUAGAGAAACUCUUCUUCCAUGCAAACAGGCAGUAUUCCAUAGGGGACGACUACCUGGAGUGUGUAUCCAAACAGCUGGAGACGCUUCGCCCUUUCGGGGAGACACCUCGUGAUCUCAAGUUGAAGGUCACUCGGACGUUUGUGGCCGCCCGGUCUUUUGUCCAAGGACUGGUCGUCAGUGGAGAAGUGGUCCGCAAAGUAUCCCAAGUGCAGCUGAGCCAGCAGUGCAUGCAAGCCAUCAUGAGGAUGACUUAUUGUCCCCAUUGUCGAGGUAUGGCCUCUGCCAGACCUUGUGCCAACUACUGCAGCAACGUCCUCAAGGGUUGUCUGGCCAACCAGGCGGACCUUGACACAGAGUGGCUGCACCUGGCAGAGACCAUGAUGCAAGUGGCGGGGCGCUUCGAUGGCCCUUCUGGUGUGGAUGUGGUGGUCCUCUCUCUGCCCUCCCGCAUCUCAGAAGCUAUGCUCACCAUGGUGGACAAUAUGGAGACCGUCAACGUUAAGUUGUUCCAGGCGUGUGGCAGCCUGCGAGAAAAAAACAGCAGCGGCGGCAGCAGCAGCAGCACAGAAGCCAACAUUUUCCCCAAGAAUGAAAAUCCCACAACGGAGGACAGGUCGGCGAGCAGCGGCAACAAACUCGGCCGCCUGGUGACGGACGUAACCGUGAGACUGAGGGACAUGCGGCCAUAUUGGAUCGAUCUUCCUAAAAUGCUGUGCAGCGACAGAGUGGCGGUUGGUGCGGGCGCUGAAGACCGGUGCUGGAACGGCAUCACUCGUGCCAGGUACCUUCCCGAGGUCAUAGGCGACGGUCUGGCCAGCCAGAUCAACAACCCUGAAGUGGAGAUCGACAUCACCAAGCCCGACAUGACAAUCAGGCAGCAGAUCAUGCAGCUGAAGAUCAUGACACACCGCCUGAAGAAUGCUCUCAAUGGCAACGACGUGGACUUCCAAGACACCAGUGACGAUGCCAGCGGUUCUGGAAGCGGCACCAUCUGCACCGACGAAGCGUGCUCGCGGGGCCCUCACACUGACGACACCUUGACGCCGUUUAGCAGAGAGUACCCCAACCCCCCAGUGAUCAAGAAGGUGGGGACAAACUCGACCAAUCAGAGCCUGCCCAGCGUCCUCGCCUACGUUCUCUCGCUGCUGGUUUUGCUGCUGCGCCGAUAAUUGGCGGGGAGGAGAGUGCAGCCACGCUUGGACUGAGGUCAGGGGGGACUGGGUUUGGGCUUUGCGAGGGUUCUGAAAAGGUGAAGGAGGAGCAGGUGAGAUGUUUGGGUGUUUGUUACUUUGCCAAAAUGACACAUUACAGGAAGAACUGCAGAAACGGGGGGAAAAAGCGCUCUUGUCUCGCUAUAAUAUGAUGCCAUUAGAGCUGAUCAUCUUAUGUUUUUAUGCUUCUGGUUUAUGGUGUAAUCACAACUCCAGUAGGGAGAGGGGGACAUUAAUUCAUGCAUUUGUUAUUUCUCCUUUUAACAGCACUUAGUGAUUUUAUGGUAUUAUUUAUUUGUUAACAACUGACCCUAGAGUGGAUUCACUCCCAAAUGCUACAUUGGAAACAGGCUGAGGCAAACUAACAUGGCGGCGAAACCAUUUGAUGCAUCAAGCCUCAGCACUUCAGAGGUAAUAAUAGCUGUGGAUCAUCUCAACCUGAACCCCCCCCCCCCCCCCAGCUUAAUCCAUGCAUGUCUCAAAUGACAGCAACCUUCUGGGCCCCGGGCCCCCCGCCCUAGCAGCCAAGGCUUUGCAGGUCAGAAUUUUGGCUCUCAGAACAGAAGCAGCAGAGGCAGGAAUAGAAAAUGACCGUCUGUCAUUUGCAUUUUAAUUGCACAGAUGAGGAUCCAAACCUCCGGAACACUCACUUCUGUGGAAGUCUGUGAGGAGGGAAUUCUUUUGCCACCUCUGUCCUUUAUUGUCAUUACCUUUAAAGGAGAACUGCACUUUUUGGGGAAUUUUGCUUAUCGUUAUGAAAGAGUUGGCGACAAAUUAAUUUUUUUAAUGCACUCUAAAUAUUAAAUAAACGUAAAAAAAAAUGUCUGCUAACAGCGCAGCCAAUGGGAACCCAUAAAUUACAAUAAAUAACCAUUCAAAAAGCGGCAACAAUACCUCAUUUACAUUUGGUGACUUGAAUAUUGCCCAAGUAUUAGUGAUAUUGUUAUUAUAAACGCUGACAUAGACCAACUAUUUAGAGCGGCGCUGUGAUCACUUCCUGUGUGUGCCGAUGUUUACAUUAACUAAUCAACUGUUUCCUCGCUUCCCUGCUCCUUGUAAGUUUAUUGUAGAUCAUAAAUAAUGCAGCUCACCUGGAAAAUAGAUGGCUGUAAAUAUAAAGUUGGGACAAAAGAAAAAAAACAAAAGUCAUGAUGCGUUUUUGUAAUUAAUGCGCCGCGUAUGCUUAAAAUAAUCAAAUUACGUAACUAUUAAAUGGUAUUAUAAAUGGGCCUGUUACUACAUUACAUACAUAAGGUAUCCCCUUAAUGUCAUUGAAUGUGGCACGCCGCCACUGCAUUUGUAUUACUGCCACACCUUGAAAAUAAUUUGUUUGUUUUUUUUACUUGAAAACAAAUGAAAGUAUUAUAAUAAAUAUAUUGUAGCCCACAGAAGAAAUCACAAAGUUCGACGCCUAUUUUUAACUUUCGUCUCCGUGACUCCGCGCUUCCCCGCCAGACACACAAGAACACUUCCUCGUUUUCCGCCAAUCACCUUGCGGGCACGGACGGUGUGUUUGCGACCAUGGGAAAAACUGUCAUCAAAUCCAAACCACACGAACAUAAAACAUUAACAUUAGCAGGUCGUUACAGUAUGAUUUGAUAAAUAUAUAGCCUAUUAUUUGCGCACUAUUGAAAAGUGAUGUACCGAAAGCUUGACCACUGAAAAAACUCUUUGAUCACCAAAAACCGCGCGACCGAAACCAGAUGUAAACAAAAACGCACGCCGGCGUUGUCAUAAUGUCUGCAAUGUGGGCGUAGUUUUGAUAUAUAUUGCAGAUAUACGCGCGGACAGCCAUCUACAAAAUGUGCAAAUAUUAAGAGGACAGUGGCGGCUUUUAAAAAGAGAAAGUGAAACUAGAGCAACAGCGCCAAGCAAGUGUGACGUCUUGUUCGCUGCAGCCUCCAAAGUCAGGGACAUGGAGGGACAGAAGGAGUCUCCAAACACGAGUACAGUCUAUAACAGGGGUAGGGAACCUAUGGCUCUCGAGCCAGAUGUGGCUCUUUUGAUGACUGCAUCUGGCUCUCAGAUAAAUCUUAGCUGACAUUGCUUAACACGAUAAGUAGUGAAUAAUUCCGCUGGUAAUCACAGUGUUAAAAAUAACGUACAAAAUAUAAAACAUUCUCAUGCAUUUUAAUCCAUCCAUCCGUUUUCUACCACACCUGUUCAAGAAGUCGCAUUAAUGGUAAGAAGUAUUUUAUUUAUUAUUGGUUAGCUUCAGAAUAACGAUGUUAUUAAAAAGAAUAAGAGACUUGUUAUACUCUAAAAAUGUUGGUCUUACUUAAAAAUGCACGCAUUUAGUUGUAUUCAGUGUUAAAAAAAUAUGAUAUGGCUCUCACGGAAAUACAUUUUAAAAUAUUUGACUUUCAUGGCUCUCUCAGCCAAAAAGGCUCCCGACCCCUGGUCUAUAAUAACAACAGAAGAAGAUGCUAGAUUUGUUGCUAGUUGUUUAAAAAAAAAAAAAAAAAAAAGUAAUUAAAAGUCUGGAAACACUUGAAAAAAAUCUCCACAAAGUACCUUGUACAAUAAAAAAAAAUCUCCACAAAGUACCUUGUACAUGAAAGUACAAGUACCUUGUAUUUUCAUGGCUCUCUCAGCCAAAAAGGUUCCCGACCCCUGGUCUAUAGUAACAAGAGAAGAAGAUGCUAGAUUUGUUGCUAGUUGUUUAAAAAAAAUAAAGUAAUUAAAAGUCUGGAAACACUUGAAAAAAAUCUCCACAAAGUACCUUGUACAAUAAGCAGCAACAAUGGAAAAUAUGGCAAAACGGGAAAAAAAUAUGUUAAUUCUAUUUAAUAAUAACAGAUUUGUUUUAAAUGUAUGUAUACAUUUGUUACAUUUGUAUACAUUUCUUAUGCAAAUUACUCAAUGAUGGUGAUCACGCCCCCACCGCCACAGGUAUCUUGGCAGUUUCAGUUUAGAUCUAAUUUAUUUUAUAUAUUUAGAAUGCUUUUUUUUUUUUUUUUAAUCCAUCCGUCGUCAUGUCUUUCAUAAUAAUUGUGCAUGACAGGCAACAUUCCAAAAAAAAGUGCAGUUCCCCUUUAAGCCCACUAGUGCUGGGAUUUUCAAAGAAAUAUGGCAUAUCUCAAGUUGUGGGCAAGAAGUUCUGCGUCCUCUAGAAAUGUCAGGAAUGAUGGGACAGAACUGUAUGACACAUGGUUACUGUUGAACGUCAUCAUGUGGAGGAUGCAUCUUUGCUUCUGUGGCACACUGGGACAAUCCACUUCAAACAUAAAACCCUUUCAAGAGCUGUGUUUGGUAGAUCAUUUCUCCGAACAAAGAUCCUCGCCAAUUCAUUCAAAACGACAUAAAACCCUCUUUAUUAUGAUGCCAUGUUGGUAAAAAAAAAAAAAAAAAACGUGGAUGCUGAGUCACACACUGCUGUGGGACAGUGUUCCUCUUCUCAAGUAGGACGGCGGCUUAAAAGGUUGUGGUGGUCAAAUAACCUCCAAAGUGAUCCCACAAGUGUUUAGUUAGUGGUCACACACAGCCGUGGGACGAUUUCCCACUUCUCGAGCCGGAAAUCAGCCAACAAGGUUCCCACUAGUGUUUGGUUAUUUGUUUAUUUCACUUUGAGCAGUGCCUCGUUUGCAGGGAACGAGCCUGAAUGCCUGGUCACACCCUGUUGUGGGAUGGCAGUCUACCCCUUAAGAAGGAAGUCGGCUGACAAGGUCCUGGUGGUUACUCUAACACUCAAGAUGAUCCCACAAGUGUUUAGUUAGCUGUUUGUUUCACUUUGAACAGUGCCCUGUUUGCAGGGAACAAGCAUAAAUGCUUGGUCACACACAGCUGUGGGACGGCAUCCCACUUCUCAAGCAGGAAGUCGGCCGUCAAGGUUCCCACUAGUGUUUGGUUGUUUAGUUCAUUUUAAGCAUUGUCUCGUUUGAAAAUAACGUGCAUGAAUGCCAGGUCACACACUGUUGUGGUAUAGCAGUCCACCCUUUAAGAAGGAAGUCGACUGACAAGGUCAUGGUGGUUACUCUAGCACCAGCUCGCAGUUUAUUUCCCUUUUAUAAGUGCUCUGUUUGCAGGGAACAAGCAUAAAUGCCUGACCACACACAGCUGUGGAGCGGCAUCCCACUUCUUGAGCAGGAAGUCAGCCAACAAGAUUGUUCCAUUCACUGUAGCAUUAACAUAUCACCCAAAUUAAUCCCACUAGUGUUUAUUUAGCUGUUUAUUUCCCCUUGAACAGUGCCUCGUUUACAGGGAACGAGGAUGACUACCUUGUCACACACUGUUGUGAGAUGACAGCCCACUCCUCAAGCAGGAAGUCCGCCAACAAGGUUGCGGUGGUCACUCUAGCACCAAUAUAACACCCAAGUAGAUCCGAGAGUGUUUAGUUAGUGGUCACACAUUGCUGUGGGGCGGCAUCCCGCUUUUCGAGUAGAAAGUCGGCCAACAAGGUUGCGGUAGUAACUGGAGCACCUACAUAACACUGAUCUCACUAGUGUUUAGUUCGCUGUUUAUUGCCCUUUGAACAGUGCAUCGUUUGCAGGGAACACAUACGGAUGCCUGGUCCAACACUGUUGUGGGGCAGCGUCACACUAUUUAAGCCUAAACAAAGGUUGUGGUGGUCACACCCUGGCAUGACCGCAACACCCACCACGUUGACCCUCCAAGCGACAGUUCCGUUCCUUACACCAACACAUUGUGGGAAUAGUCGCUGAUUAACACAAUGUUGUGCUGCUCAUCCCACAACAGUGUGUGCCCUUUAAAUGGCGUGCCAUUUAAAAAGGAAUCAAAGAGGUGGUAUUAAAACAGACAAAUGUCUAAACUGCUUGUAUUAUUUUGAUAUUACUGCAGUUUGGUCAACAAGGACAUUUUUGAAAGAAUAAAAUAGAAUUUAAAUGUGUAGAGUGUGUGUUUGUGUGUGUGUGUGUGUGUGUGUGUGUGUGUGUGUGUGUGUGUGUGUGUGUGUGUGUGUGUGUGUGUGUGUGUGUGUGUGUGUGUGUGUGUGUGUGUGUGUGUGUGUGUGUGUGUGUGUGUGUUCUUGUAUUUCUACCCUUCUUGAGACAUCAACAAUGAAAAGUACCUUCCAUAUGAAGAGGUGUGAACAAGUUAAGACAUAAAUCAUGGUCCCAAUACGGAAACCCAUUGCAUCUAAUAGAGAGCCAAAUACUAGAGUCUGUGAACAUUGCUCCAAAGUCAGGAUUUUUUGUUGACUUAAUGUGCAUGCAAAAGUAAACAUUGCAAAGGCAGCAAUAUAUGAUAAAACAAGACGGUAGCUAAAGAAGGACUUCCCUAUUCAUCCCCGAAAAAACCGCCAGGUGAACAGCUGAUUGUACGACUUCCGGUGCUGAUGUAAGACCAUAGGAUGAACAAAUACACUACGGUACUAAGACUAUAGUGGCCAUUAACAAUUAGCCUCUACAGCUGGGUUGCCCAAAGUGCGGCACAGGGGCCUAAUGUGGUCCGUGACUCGUUUGUCAUCGGCCUUAAGCACAUUACAAAAAAUAAAGAUCUCAUUUGCACCCCUAGUGGUGAAAUCUAUCAAAAUGAGGGUGGUCCCAAAAAGAGGGGAUUUUUCAAAUUGACUGUGUGUCGCUUUUAAAAGUGCUCCCCCUCUGGUCAACUUAUGUAAUAACAAGUGUGUGUAAGAAAUUGAAAUGUACCCCCUUUGGCCAAAAUUAAUUUAAAAAAAAUAAAAUAUGUCUUUAGAGACAUACUGUAAUAACUUGAAGUAAAUCCUGAAGAAUUAAAAAACAAUUACAAAAAAAACAACUACAAAAUUACCUUUUUUAUAUUUGCAUAGUUUGUAUAUAUUAUUAAAGUUGUAAAUACUAAUCUUUAUAUAUCUAGAAAGGGUGGUACUAAAGAGGUAGAUAUUUUUCGGAGGUCUCAAGAAGGUAACAAAUACAAGAAUGUUUGUGUGCGUGUGUUUGUGUGCGUGUGUUUGUGUGUGUGUGUGUGUGUGUGUGUGUGUGUGUGUGUGUGUGUGUGUGUGUGUGUGUGUGUGUGUUCUGGCAAUGCUUACUUAAUAGGGACAUCGCUCUGUUCACACAGUCACCUUUAGGGGACCUCUGAUGGUAUGGGGACCAAAAAACAGGUCCCCUAAAGGUGGACCUUUUUAAAUGAUAGUGCUGUAUUCUGAGGAUCAUGUCAUAUUUAAUUUGAACUUCUUUUUUUUUUUUUUAAAUGGUCCUCAGUAGUCACGUACACAUUUUGUGUGAAUUAUGCAAAAUUAUUUAAAUUUGGUCCCCAUGAACCAUAUUAACUAUUUUUCCCCAGGGUCCCCAGUAAGAAUGAUCAACACAUUACUUCAUCAAUCCAGAGAUUUAAAGACGUGUAUGAGCUAACUGGGCAGUGGCCAUUUUACCUAAUAUUUUUUUUACUUUGUGUGUUUCGCAUUCUGAAGUGAGGUUGCAACUCUCUACUCCAGGGGUCACCAACCUUUUUGAAACCAAGAGCUACUUCUUGGGUACUGAUUAAUGCAAAGGGCUACCAGUUUGAUACACAAUUAAAUACAUUGCCAGAAAUAGCCAAUUUGCUCAAUUUACCUUUAACUCUAUAUUAUUAUUAAUAAUUAAUGAUGUUUACACUUAAUUCAACGGUUUAAAAGAGGAGAAAACACGAAAAAAAUGACAAUUACAUUUUAAAACAUAGUUUAUCUUCAAUUUCAACUCUUUAAAAUUCAACCGGAAAAAAAAAGAGAAAAACUAGCUAAUACAAAUCUUUUUGAAAAAAUUAAAAAAUAAUUUAUGGAACAUCAUUAGUAAUAUUUCCUGAUUAAGAUUAAUUUUAGAAUUUUGAUGAUGUUUUAAAUAGGUUAAAAUCCAAUCUGCACUGUGUUAGAAUAUAUAACAAAUUGGACCAAGCUAUAUUUCUAACAAAGACAAAUCAUUAUUUCUUCUAGAUUUUCCAGAACAAAAAUUUUAAAAGAAAUUCAAAAGACUUUGAAAUAAGAUUUAAAUUUGAUUCUACAGAUUUUCUAGAUUUGCCAGAAUAAUUGUUUUGAAUUUUAAUCAUAAUAAAUUUGAAGAAAUAUUUCACAAAUAUUCUUCGUCGAAAAAACAGAAGCUAAAAUGAAAAAUUAAAUUAAAAUGUAUUUAUUAUUCUUUACAAUAAAAAAAAUAAAUUUACUUGAACAUUGAUUUAAAUUGUCAGGAAAGAAGAGGAAGGAAUUUAAAAGGUAAAAAGGCAUAUGUGUUUAUUUUUAAGGUUGUAUUUUUUCUCUAAAAUUGUCUUUCUGAAAGUUAUAAGAAGCAAAGUAAAAAAAUUAAUGAAUGUAUUUAAACAAGUGAAGACCAAGUCUUUAAAAUAUUUUCUUGGAUUUUCAAAUUCUAUUUGAGUUUUGUCUCUCUUAGAAUUAAAUAUGUCGGGCAAAGCGAGACCAGCUUGCUAGUAAAUAAAUAAAAUUUAAAAAAUAGAGGCAACUCACUGGUAAGUGCUGCUAUUUGAGCUAUUUUUAGAACAGGCCAGCGGGCUACUCAUCUGGUCCUUACGGGCUACCUGGUGCCCGCGGGCACCGCGUUGGUGACCCCUGCUCUACUCCCAUCUAGUGCUAGAUAUAUUUUUUUCAUCAUUCUAGCUAUAGUGGAAAGGGGGGCCCUCACAACCUACUAACCAAACGUGGGUCCACACAAAGUAGGCAAGACAUGUAUGUGUGUGUGUGUGUGUGUGUGUGUGUGUGUGUGUGUGUGUGUGUGUGUGUGUGUGUGUGUGUGUGUGUGUGUGUGCCCCUCCAUUUAGUUGUGUCCGCCCUGUGGAGUGCGGCAGGUCAGUCAGUGUCGUCACUCCCAAAGGACGACAUUAGAAAUUCAAGCACCACACGGGGCUGAUUUUAUUUCUACAUAUUUUCUGGCGCAGCCCCUUGAGAUAAAUGAUGUGAAAGUGAAAGUGAAAGUACGCGGAUCCUUACAAUCAACCAGGCGGGGGACUCCCAGCUGUGACGGUGACAUUCCAACUCAAAUACCACUUCACAGUGGGAGCGUUUGAUUUCUUCACCCGCUCCCGUCAUCACCGCCUUCUCCUUUUUUAUAUAGUUUUUAUUUUUUGGAUCCCACUCAAAGCCGCCCUUCUCCCCUCCUUUACAAAAAAAAAACACAAAAAAAAGAAAGAAAGAAAACCUGCACUUUUUAUGAGGCCAAUAAGUGGCGCUGUCUGCACAAAGACAUCACAAGAUGGUCAACACCCGGCAGAGGACGACCAUUGAUUUUAUGCAAAUGAGUGAGAAGUGUACUGUCUUGAGCUGCAUAUAAGACGGGCCUGAAUAUAAGACCACACCCUUUUUCCAGGGAACAUCCUCUCCAGAGAUCAGACAAACUGCUGGUAGAUCACACAAAAACAACAACGAUUGGUUCCUUAGCUGCUGGACAGUUAGUUGUCUGAUGAUUCGUCAACAUUUUCUUCAAAGUUUGCUAACUUGACCCACCUUGAACACACCAGUUGUCCGUGAGUGACGGGAAGAAAAGCUCUGGUUCGACUAGUUUGACUUUGCCGUCUUAUAUCCGGGUCAGUGCAGUUCAUAUGCUGAUGAUCACUCCCAUGUAAAACGAGCUCCACGCUACACAGGCCCCGGAUUUGCGCUGGAUGCGUAACAGCUGCCAAGAAACUCGGUGGCAGGCCCCCAAAUAGCCGUCCAGGAUAUGCCUGUAAUAUGAUUCUUUGAUUUUGGACCUCCAGAGUCAGCAUUUGUGACAACACGGUGAAACGACGACUGAAAACCUUUGACUUCAUCGCCGUCAAAGUGUUAAAGUACAAAAAGUAUUUUAUUUUGAAAAUCAAGCAAAUCAUUUCUUUAGUGUUUGACUUCCUGUCCCAGGCAGGAAGACUUUAGCCAAACUGAUCUAGAAGUUCUGCGUCCAGUGGAGAUCCGGGGUGAGCGUGACUCGGACAUCAAAGUGAACAUUUUUGUGCUUUCUUGUUUUGAUGUACUUUUAUUUUGUUUGGCUUAUGUUCUUAUCAGAAGUUUAUGGUGAGGAGAAAUGUCGGAAAGAGGUUUAAAAAGAGCAAUGCAGAUGUUUGCUGUUGUAUCUUCCAAAAGAAAUCUUCAGAAUGGUCAAUUAUAUACA